GCUUGGGAGGCAACGACUUUCUUCUAGAUCUCUCCAUCAUCCAACUGCAGAACAACAGAAAACUUUCUCCUCGAAGUCUGGAACAGAAAGAGGCCGGACACACUGCUGCAGGACCCUAUAAAGACUCCUAACCAAGCCCCAAGGUUUUAUGUGAAUACCGUCAGCUACCUUCUCCAGCUUGCUCCUGCUUGUGUAAAUGGUCUUUUCAUAUGCAAAAGAAGGGGGAGGGUCUUAUUUCCCAGUGCAGUGGGCUUUCCAGCUACCUUUUCAACGGAGCUAAACUGAGAGCUUCUAAGGUUGCCCAGUGGAUUUACAGAGAGCAUAGAGCUCCCGGAACAUCGGCCGAAAGGCACAACAAACCCAGAUGAAUUUAUAUUCUCUGGAAAUGACGCAGGAGCCAGAAGAGGAGAUAAUUUUAACAUCUGGAGCCCAGCCACGUUUCCAACUGUGGUGCUUGUGGUACCAAUUAUUACCAUUCUGGUUAUCCUGUUAUCAAUUGCCCUCUUCAUCCUUGCUUAUAAGCAGCAUUCAACAAAAGUAAGAGACAUUCUGAUGACCUUGGGUAAAAUUACACCGGAUGAAGAGAAGGGAAAGGAACAUCGCCCCAAACAUGUCAAUAGACACACAGUCAUUGAAAUGGGAGAAGAUAAACCCAAGAAAGUGAAAAAGAACAAGAAAAAAGGUGCCCGUAAAUACCAAAUACAAAAAGAGAUUUCCUCGGAUGAAAAUGAGACCUCGAAUGAUGAAGCUGUAGAACAGCAGACAGGAGGCUCAAUAGUGUCAUGGAUAGGGCAGAAAAUACAGGACCAUAUUGAACAGAGGAAAUCAGAGAUAGAAAGACAAGAAAUGGAAAGGCAUAGUGAAAAACAUAAACACAAGGAAAGUGAAGACGAUGAACAUGACACAAAAAAGGAUAAAAAAGAAAAAAGGAAAAGGAAGGAAAAGCACAAGGAUAAAUUAAAAGAAAAGGAGGAAAAGAGGAAAGACAAAGAGAAAAGGAAAGAGCGUAAAGAACUGAAAGAGAAAGAGAAGAGGAAAGAGCGCAAAGAACUGAAAGAGAAGAGGAAAAAGAAGGAAAAGGGGGAAGGGAAGGAAGAAAAACGUAAACAUAAAAAAGCAAAAGAGGAGAAAAAAAGGACAGAAAAGGUCAGGAAAACUGAAAAGACUAAAGUAAAGGAAAGAAGAAGCAAGAAGAAAAUCAAACUUGCAAAGGCACCAAAGCUAAAGAAAAUUCAGAAACUAAAACUCUCAAAGAUACGAAAGAUAAGGAAAAUGCCAAAACUUAAACUACAGAAAAAGCCAAAACUUCGUCUAAAAAAACCAAAGAGGUUUAAGAAAUUUAAGAGGUUUAAGUAGGUCUAUAUAUAUGUAAAUAUAAGUCCCGCCCCCUAGCAUUAGUUGUUCAUUGUACAUAGUAAUUUUAUAUAUUGUAAAUAGUUCUUAAAUCAUUUGUAAAUAGUUUGUAAAUAAUUUGUAAAUAGUUUGUAAAUAAAAAACUUAUAAAAACAAAACAA